AUGGUUGGCCCAGGAAAAGAGCAAUUGUAUAACCUGCCUCCCCUUCCAUCCUCCCAUCUUUUCCCUUUCAGCAACCCCAUACCAAAGAGAGACCUCUUGUGUCAUUUACAUGGUGGAGACAGCCACUCAGUGCUCUACUCUCUCCAUCACCUUACAAACCUUCCAGCCCUCAGGGAGGAAGAUGUUCUCAAGCUCUUACAGAAGGUGACAGCCAGGGAUCUCCAGCAAGAGCAUGGUGAGUUGGUGAUGAAGUGACUUGGGCAAGGUUUCCUCUUAGGACAAUCUUACCCAAGUUUCUUUCAGCACAGGAUUUAUCUAGAUGAAUUCUGUCAAAAUGGUCAUUAAAAAAUGAUUCAUUCAAGUUGUGAGAAUGUUUGAGUCUGGCAAGUAGUGUUUCUAAUGUGUGCAUUUUCUCUUUUUCUCUGGUCUCUUAUACAUGCUUCUUUAGGUGCUUCAAAUCUCUUCUCAACAUACCUGGCCAGGUGUCAGCAGUAUCUGUGCAGUGUACCUGACUCUCUGUGCCUGGAACUUCUAGAAAACAUCUUCUCAUUGCUCCUCCUCACCUCUGCCGAUCUUCACCCAGAGCCUCACCUGCCCGAGGACUAUGCUGAGGAGGAUGACGCUGAGAGAAAGGGCCCGCUGGCUUUGAGGUCCCCAUCAGAGAGCCCUCAGCACAUAGCACAGCCUGAGAGGAAGUCAGAACGGGGCUCCUUGGGAGUCCCCAGGAGCUUUGCUUAUACAAUUCCAACGUGUCUGAAGACAGAGCCAAAAGACAGUUCCCCAGGGCCCCACGGGCACAGCUUUUUGGACCUAAAGCACUUUACUACUGGUAUCAGUGGAUUCCUGGCUGAUGAGUUUGCAAUAGGGGCCUUCCUCAGGCUUCUCCAGGAGCAGCUGGAUGUGCUCAGCAGUCGCACACCCCCUGAGGAGCGGAAGCUGCUGGAAGGCCAGAGCUGCACGGGAAGCAAAGAUGGGCUGCAGAGCCGCCUGCACCGGUUUUCCAAAGUUCUCUCUGAGGCCCAAUGGAGAUACAAGGUGGUAACAAGCAACCAGGGCUCAGAGGAGCAACCUUCCCGAAGAUACCGGCCUGUUGCCACACGGCAUCCUAGUGUCCGCCGGGGUCGUCGGACACGGAAGAGCCGGGCAGAUGGCCGGGACAGAGGCUCCAAUCUAUCCCUGGAAAGUACAAGUAGUGAGCUGAGCACAAGUACUUCAGAGGGAAGUCUGAACACCACGUCUGGGAGGCAUGAGCUGCAUGGCCGGUUGCAGCCCCAAACUCAAAGUUCGCUCAUCCCUAUGAUGUGCUCCCCACCUGAGUCGCUGCUGGCAUCCUGCAUCCUCCGGGGGAACCUUGCAGAAGCCCAUCAGGUGGUGUUCAUGUUCAACCUGAAGUCCUCGCCCAGCUCAGGGGAACUGAUGUUCAUGGAGCGCUACCAGGACGUGAUCCAGGAGCUGGCCCGCGUAGAGCACAAGAUUGAAAGCCAGAACUCAGACGGGGGCAGCAGCACCAUUCGAAGAACAGGCAGUGGCCGCUCGACUCUACAGGCCAUUGGCAGUGCCGCGGCAGCAGGGAUGGUAUUUUACUCCAUCUCUGACGUGACCGACAAGCUGCUCAGCACCUCUGGAGACCCCAUCCCCACACUCCAGGAGGACUUCUGGAUAAGCAGUACACUGGUAGAGCCCACGGAUCCUCUGAGAGAGAUUCUAGAAGAACUCAGUCCCCCUGCCAUGGCUGCGUUUGACCUAGCUUGCUCUCAGUGCCAGCUCUGGAAAACUUGCAAGCAGCUCUUGGAAACGGCUGAGCGACGUCUGAACAGUAGCCUUGAGAGCCGGGGUCGACGGCUGGACCAUGUGCUCCUCAAUGCUGACGGCAUUCGAGGUUUCCCAGUUGUUCUUCAGCAAAUCAGUAAGAUUCUCAAUUAUUCACUUAUGUCAGCUGGACAGACUAAAUCAGAGAGCGGAGAAGUAAAAGGAGGCGGUCCUCCGCGGUGCAGCAUUGCUGAGCUGCUUCAGAUGUGCUGGCCUAGCCUGACUGAGGACUGUGCUGCCAGCCACGCCACCCUGUCCCAGCAGCUGGAUCAGGCCCUUCAGUCACUGAGAGAGGCGCUAGAGCAGCCAGAGCCCAGGAGCACUCCGCUGUCCUCGCUGGUGGAGCAGGCAGCCCAGAAAACUCCGAAGGCAGAGGCCCACCCUGUGCACAUCCAGACUCAGCUGCUCCAGAAGAACCUGGGCAGACAGACACCAGCGAGCAGCAGACAGACGGACUACAUGGGCACCUUCUUCCGUUACUGCAGCACCCUGGCUGCAGUUUUUCUGCAGAGUUUGCGCUCUGAGCCUGAUCACGUGGAAGUCAAGGUAGGAAAUCCCUUCGUCCUCUUGCAACAGAGCUCUUCCCAACUGGUGUCACACCUCCUGCUUGAGCGACAAGUUCCCCCUGACAGGCUAGCAGCCCUCCUGGCCCGAGAGGGUCUCAGCCUGAGCGUGCCACAGGUCAUCGUCAACUGCUGCUGUGAGCCCCUUGCCCUUUGCUCUUCCCUGCAAAGCCAGCAGACAUCAUCCCUUCUGACCCACCUGGGCACCGUGGCCCAGCUGCACACCUCCCACUGCCUAGAGGACCUCCCACUUUCAAUGCCAAGCUCCCCAAAGUCAACUGAGAACCUCAUGUCAGAGAGAAAGCCCCUCUUCUCCCCAAGGGAUUCAUCACUCCCAGCCCUCACCUCCUCUGCCUUGGCCUUCCUUAAGUCCCGCUCAAAGCUUCUGGCUACGGUGGUCUGUCUAGGGUCUUCCCAGGGAUCAAAGGUCACCAAGCCCAGCUUGUCCUGGAAGGAGCUUCGUGGCCGCAGGGAGGUGCCUCUGACUGCAGAGCAGGUAGCCUCGGAGUGUGAGCGCCUCCUGGAACACUACCCUAUGCUUGCGGCCUCCCUCCUGGCUGCCUGGGAGCCCCUACGAGCGGCUUCCAAGCAGGGGCAGAGUCUGGCAGCAAGUCUCUGUGGCCAGGCAACUCUCUCCACUGUCCUCCUGGGCCUGCAUUCUCCCACUGCCCUGGAUGUGCUCACCGAGGCCUUCAAGGAAGCACUGGUGGCCAGAGAUUGGCCCCGGGCCCUUCAGCUCACUGAAGUGUACGGGCGCGACGUGGACGACUUGAGCAGCGUACAGGAUACGGUCCUGAGCUGUGCGGCGGCAUGUGACAAAGAAGGUUGGCAGUACCUGUUUCCUGUGAAGGAUGCAUCUCUGAGAAGUCGGCUAACUCUGCAGUUUGUGGACAGGUGGCCCCUGGAGUCGUGCCUGGAGAUCCUGGCCUACUGCCUUUCAGAUGCAACUGUCCAAGAUGGACUAAAGUGUGAGCUACAGAGAAAGCUGGCAGAGCUGCGCGUGUAUCAGAAGAUUCUAGGUUUGCAGGCUACCCCAGUGUGGAGUGACUGGCAGACCCUGAGGGACUGUUGUGUUGACGACCCAUCAACUGUCAUGAACAUGAUUCUAGAAGCAAAGGAGUACGGGCUGUGUGAAGAGUGGGGCUGCCUGUACCCCAUUCCGAGGGAAGAUUUAAUCAGCCUGCAUCAAAAGCAUCUUCUUCAUCUUCUAGAAGGAGGAGAUCAUGAAAAGGCUCUGCAACUCCUGCGAAGAAUUUCUGACCCUUCCAUGUGCCUUGAGGUCACAGAGCAAUCCCUCGACCAGCACCCUAGCUUGGCCACUUCUCACUUCUUGGCCAACUACCUCACCACCCACUUCUAUGGAAAGCUGACUGCUGUCCGACACUGUGAAAUCCAGGCACUAUACAUGGGAUCCAAGGUUCUGCUGACCCUGCCUGAGCAACACCGGGCUAGCUAUUCCCACUUGUCCUCUAACCCCUUGCUCAUGCUGGAGCAGCUGCUCAUGAACAUGAAGGUAGAUUGGGCCACUGUGGCCGUGCAGACCCUGCACCAGCUGCUGGCCGGCCAGGAGAUCACAUUCACCAUGGACGAGGUCGACGCACUGCUUUCCAGAUAUGCAGGAAAAGCCCUGGACUUCCUGUACCCUCUGAGGGAAAAGCGAUCAGAUUCUGUGACUCACCUCCAGGAAAUUGGCAGUCAGGCUUCAGACCUCGAGACCUUGCCUAGAUCACCAUCAGCAGAGUUCUCUUCUGUCGCCGUUCCUGGACUCCCAGGUGUCUCCACUGUACAUUCCCCCAGUCCAAAGGAGAGAAGUGUCCCACAGAGUGAGCCCCCACUGGAGUUUGUGCCCCCUGUGACACCCCCUGCCAGGCACCAGUGGGUACCAGAUGAGAGUGAGAGCAUCUGCAUGGUAUGCUGCAGGGAGCGCUUCACCAUGUUUAACAGACGUCAUCAUUGUCGCCGCUGCGGCCGGCUAGUGUGCAGUUCCUGCUCCACUAAGAAAAUGGUUGUGGAAGGCUACAGAGAGAAUCCAACUCGCGUGUGUGACCAGUGCUAUAGUUACUUCAACAAAGAUGCGCCGGAGGAGAAUCCGGGACAACCAGAAGCAUCGGACAGCUCCAAGAAUGAAAGCCCUCCAUACUCAGCUGUGGUGAGAGUCCCCAAAGCAGCUGAGGUGGAAUGGAUUUUAGACCUGGAUGAGGAAGAAAAUGAGCUGGUGCGGAAUGAAUUUUACUAUGAGCAGGCCCCCAGCGCCUCCCUGUGCAUCGCCAUCAUGAACCUGCAUCGCGACAGCACUGCCUGUGGCCACCAGCUGAUUGAACACUGCUGCAGGCUGUCCCAGGGCCUCACCAACCCAGAGGUGGAUGCAGGACUGCUUACAGACAUCAUGAAGCAGCUGCUCUUCAGCGCCAAGAUGAUGUUUGUCAAGGCCGGCCGGAGCCAGGACCUGGCUCUUUGUGACAGCUACAUCAGCAAGGUAGACGUUCUGAAUAUUUUAGUUGCUGCUGCCUAUCGCCACGUGCCAUCUCUGGAUCAGAUCUUGCAGCCAGCCGCAGUAACCAGGCUAAGGAACCAGCUUCUGGAAGCUGAGUACUACCAACUAGGCGUUGAGGUCUCCACAAAGACUGGGCUUGAUACCAGUGGCGCGUGGCACGCUUGGGGCAUGGCCUGCCUCAAAGCCGGGAACCUCACUGCUGCACGGGAGAAGUUCAGCCGCUGUCUGAAGCCCCCUUUUGACCUCAAUCAGCUGAGUCAUGGCUCAAGACUGGUACAGGAUGUGGUUGAAUAUCUCGAGUCCACAGUGAAGCCACUCCUAUCCUUGCAAGAUGAUGAUUACUUGGCCACCUUGAAAGAGCUGGAAGCUACCCUUCGGACCCAGAGCCUCUCUCUGGAGGUGAUUCCUGAAGGGAAGAUCAUGAACAACACCUACUACCAAGAAUGCCUCUUCUACCUGCAUAAUUAUAGUACCAACCUGGCCAUCAUCAGCUUCUAUGUGAGGCACAGCUGCCUGCGGGAAGCCCUGCUGCACCUCCUCAACAAGGAGAGUCCCCCAGAAGUCUUCAUAGAAGGCAUUUUCCAGCCAAGCUAUAAAAGUGGAAAGCUACACAUUUUGGAAAACUUACUAGAAUCCAUUGAUCCAACCUUGGAGAGCUGGGGAGAAUACUUGCUUGCUGCCUGCCAGCAUUUACAGAAGAAGAACCACUACCACAUUCUGUACGAGCUGCAGCAGUUUAUGAAGGACCAAGUCCGGGCUGCCAUGACCUGUAUUCGGUUCUUCAGUCACAAAGCAAAAACAUAUACGGAACUGGGAGAGAAGCUCUCCUGGCUGCUCAAGGCCAAGGACCACCUGAAGACCUACCUCCAGGAAACCUCCCGCGGCUCCAGAAAGAAGAAAACCACCUUCUUCCGGAAGAAGAUGACUGCAGCUGAUGUAUCAAGGCACAUGAACACACUUCAACUGCAGAUGGAAGUGACUAGGUUCUUACAUCGGUGUGAAAGUGCUGGGACCUCGCAAAUCACCACCUUGCCUCUGCCAACCCUGUUUGGAAAUAACCACAUGAAAAUGGAUGUUGCCUGCAAGGUCAUGCUAGGAGGGAAAAAUAUAGAAGAUGGUUUUGGAAUUGCAUUCCGUGUUCUGCAGGACUUCCAGCUGGACGCUGCCGCCACCUACUGCAGAGCCGCUCGGCAGCUGGUGGAGAGGGAGAAAUACAGUGAGAUCCGGCAACUGCUCAAAUGUGUCAGUGAGUCAGGCAUGGCAGCUAAAAGUGACGGGGACACCAUCCUCCUCAACUGCUUGGAAGCGUUUAAGAGAAUCCCAUCCCAGGAGCUGGACAGCCUGAUCCAGGCAAUACACAAUGAUGAUAACAAGGUUCAGGCCUACCUGACAUGCUGCAAACUACGGUCUGCCUACCUGAUUGCCGUGAAGCAAGAACACUCACGGGCCACGGCCCUCGUUCAGCAGGUGCAGCAGGCCGCCGAGAGCAGCGGGGACGCUGUAGUGCAAGACAUCUGCGCCCAGUGGCUUCGGACAAGCCACAGCCGCGGUUCCCACAGCUCAGGCUCCAGGAAGUAACCAUGGGCAACCGGGCCUGAGAACGGUGGGCCAAGCACGAUGGAGAUGCCCUCCACCUCUUUCAUCCUGUGCAGUGCCCCGGCUCUGCCCAGGUCGGAAAGAGCUGAAUUGGACCCUACUUGCCAUCUUGGGCAAGGGAUAGGACCUUUCACACAAGUGCCAUGUAUCUGUAAAAUUGUGGAAUCUGUGUGUGUUUGUCGGGAGAUGGCCGGUUCUCUACCUCAGAGUGAGUGAGUGUGUGUGCAUACUCCUGUGCACUCAUGUUUACACCCGAGCAUUCCUGAACAAAUGAAACUCUUCUCCUACUGAAAAGAGGCACUUUAUUUUAGACUUCUGCCAGUGUAAAAACCUUCCCAGCGUUUUGGUUUCUUAACCCGGGUCAAACCUGUUUGUACACAGUCCCCUCUGUGUGGAGACGUUCCAGUAGCUCCUCGUGACUACACGGGUUUUACUGAGAAUUGUAGAGCAGCACCAAAAGGAUUGCCUCUUUUCCCUUUCAUGCCUUCCCCAAAUUCAGAGAUGGCUUUGGGGCAAGGGCUCCAAGUGUCUCCUCUCACAAGCACAAGGAGUUACCGUGAGUCUUUGGAUGGUGGUCUGAGCAGAAGGGUCCCCUGGUGCUGGCCUCUGAAAGCUGCGGGUGCAGUACAAGUGAUCGGGUCUGGAACCCCAGCCACGGGCAGGAAGGGCACCAUCGAAUUCAUCCAGCAGGGAGAGAAAGGCAAGCCUCUCCAAACAGGAAUGCAGGAGGGCUGCUUACAAGCACAGGGCACAGAGCUGGUUUUUGUGAAUGUCCCUGCUGCAAAGUGACAGAAGGUGGCUCCCUCUUUGAGAGUCUGGGGAGAGAAAAGGUAGCCAGGAUCCUAGGAUGAGUGGCUAGACUGUGCCUAUUUGAAUUAUAGUCCUAUUCGUGCCCUUUAAGUUGGUUAGGAAACCCCUUCCUCUUCCCUCCUGCUUCUCUCUUCAGGACCAAUGGAUGGCUAUGCAGAGACCCAGGGCCAGUGAGAAGGCAGGGCACUUCUCGUCUUAACAGAGGGAGUUGAGGGUCCACUUUGGAGGUAGGCCUGCGGACAAGAUUCAGAUGAAGGGACAAUGACAAGGUCCCAUCCAGUUGGUGAAACUAGGUGAAGUGCUCCUUUAAUAUGCAUUGGCCUGUCUUCCCACUGAAGAUGUGACAACACUUUAGAGAGGGUCUGUCAUACUCUUUGACUUGGAUUAACAAAUGAGGGGCCUAAGAAAAGCUCUGCAGCUCUGAGCCUCCCACCAGCCAGAGCUCAGCCUGUCAAUCUUAUACUUGCUGCUCAGACAAACAGGAACUACAAGCCAAAGUCAGUAUCUCUGGUGCUUAGAACCUUGUGGAUUUCCUUCUGAGCCAGGUUUUUUGAUAGUAAAAUAAACAAGUCUUAUGGGCAUCUGUCAGAUUCAAAGUUUUGGUCCUCUUAGAGAGUGGAAAGACUGCGAAGAAAAUACUAGAUCUCUUUUGGGGGAAGUUUGACAAGUGGCUUUCCCUUCUUUAAGUCAUAGAAUAUAUCUGUUUCUGAGGAAAUGUCAUUCCCUGGCAUCUGCUUGCCUUUCUGAAUCUGCCCUUUUUUGCACUGAACAUAAGCACUUUAUAAGAAUGGUUUGCAAAUCUUGCAGCCCUUAAUCUGGGAUGUCAAACUAGAUUUUCCUGACUUUCUCCUCUAACUAAUUGAGCUACAAAAUAGGCAACCAUUGACCUAGACUGACAUAAGAUGAGGCUCAAGGCUUUUGAGCAUCAUGCUGUGGUCUCCAACAACAAAAAAAGAAAAACUAACGCACAUGUUGAAGGGUUGAAUGUGUUACUACGAGCAGCCACAAUAAAGUCUCUGUCCCACCAG